AUGUCUAAUCAUUGUCACAAUCACAGUGGUUGUGAACACGAUGGUGAAAAUAACGAAAAAUCAGAAAUAGGCAUUCAGUAUAGCUUAUUUAAAAAAAUUGAUUGUGAUAAUUUGGAAUGUUUAAACGAAAAAGUUCAACAUUCAGGAAAAGAAGUUUUUAAACCAUGGGAAAAUAGACUUUGUAAAAAUAAAUUUGUUGAAAGUGACGUAGAUGAAGAAUUAUUGUUUAACAUUCCUUUCACUGGAAAUAUAAAACUAAAAGGGAUAAUAAUAAUUGGGGGAGAAAAUGAAUCACAUCCAGCUAAAAUGAGAUUGUUUAAAAACAGACCAAAUAUGAGCUUUGAUGAUGCUGCCAUUGAAUCGGAUCAAGAUUUUGAACUUCAUCCAGAUGCAAAUGGUAUUUUAGAAUAUUCUACAAAAAUUGUAAAGUUUUCUUCUAUACAUCACCUAUCUAUUCACAUCCCAAAAAGCUUUGGUGGUGAUUCGACAAAAAUAUAUUACAUUGGUUUAAGAGGAGAAUACAGUGAGGGAUAUAGGCAUGGGGUUACUAUAUGUACUUAUGAAGCAAGGCCUAAUAUAGCAGAUCAUAAAACGAAUUUAUCAGAAUCACUUGUACGAGAAAUACAGUAA